GAGAGAGAGAGAGAGGGAGAGAGAGAGAGAGAGAGAGAUGCGGAGCUUUUCAGUAGCAGAAACAUCCAGACGUCCUGUGGAGUAGCACGUGUUCCCUCUCUGUCUAAGAAGAUUUUGAAGCUCUCAGAAGCUGUUUGAUUUGGUGGUGCCAUUACUAUACGCUUCACACCAAUCGACCCACCUUCCGUUGGGAGCUCCCUCGGAGUGUUGAAACAUGACAGCUCAGAAUGCAGGGGGCAUGAUCCAGGACCUGGCUUUGCCCUCUCUGCUUGCUGUGGAGGGACACGAGUCCAGGCCUUUGGGAGAAGCCAGGUCCUUCACUGAUGAGGCUGUUUCCAUUCUGACCUCUACAAGCCAGCUGGCCCAGACCCUCCUGGGUCACACCUUUGCCCUGAAACACAAAGACAGCCUUGCCAACACUGAAGCUAAGUCAGGUAGCAGCUGCGAUGAAGACAAUGGCAACAAUGCUCGUCGCAAACGGGAGUUUAUCUCUGAGGAGAAGAAAGAUGAGGGUUACUGGGACAAGAGGCGAAAAAACAAUGAAGCUGCAAAGAGAUCCAGGGAGAAGCGAAGAGCCAAUGACAUGGUGCUGGAGAAUCGAGUGCUGGGCCUGCUGGAGGACAAUGCCCGCCUAAGGGCUGAGCUCUUGGCCCUCAAGUUUCGCUUCGGCCUGGUAAAAGACUCAUCUGAUGUGUCCAUCCUACCACUGUCUUCACCCGUCCAUGCAACCCUCAAUACAACCCAUGUCUACCAGCCUCACACUGAUGGAUCAUCACGCCUUAACACACAGCCCAUAGCCAGCACGAGCAGCAUCCAUCCGCAACCUCCGCAGCAGCAAUCAAUUAAUGGCCUGUGGAAAACCAGGCCUCUUUCAGGUCAUAGUGUAUCAGAGUUGGGUGUCUCAACUUCAUCUCCCUCAAAAGUUAUUGCUCACUCUAUGUUUUUGGAUGACACACUGAGUGAGCAAGGUGGACCUUCUCCAAUGGAGCUAGUAGGGGAGCAACAUGGCUACAGCUCCCACAUAUGCUCCCCUGAAAUCAAAGAAAGCCAGUAUGUAAACAGACAAGACCCAUCCGAGGGGUUGAGGAGCCUCCCGCAUAAACUCCGCUUCAAGGGCCCUGGAGGGGAGCUGUCUCCAUCCUCUGAUAGCAGACACAGUGGACCACCCAUAGCCACUGUGGGACCAAACAUCCAGGAGAAGAACCAACAGCGGUUGGGUUGGGUCAGUCAGACACAGAACCUGGCUCAGUGGUCCAGGGAGGAGGUCUGUGCUAGACCUGGGCUGCAGUAUCAAAGUCUGUCCUCUGGAUUAUAUAACUCUCUGCAGAACUCAAAGGACACCAAUCUUUCAACAGAGGACAAUCUCAGAUCUCAGAUCAGCUGUCUGUCUCAAGAAGUGGCUCAACUCAAGAAGCUCUUCUCUCAGCAGGUGCUCACUAGGAUCUAAGAUCCUGAGCACAAGAGGUUCAUGGAAAGAGUUAAAUUAAGAGACAGAUUUCACACCACAUCUUUCCUAACAAAUGGUCAAAUGGAGUGCAGUGCUUAAUGCCCCAGAUAGGCCCUGCCCCAGUGUUACCACAAACAUGUUUCACUGAGCCUGACUGUUCUGUGAUGAUCAGCACAUUACUACAAUAACACCAAUUCAUGAUAAGCUCAGGGGGAGUUAUGUAAGGGUACUUGUGUUGAUUUUUCCUGACGAUUAAUAGAGCUCUGUACUCUUUUUAAAACACUGUCAUGUAAUUUAAACAGCAAUGUCAUGUUAGAGAUACAACUCAGAGCACAUGAUGAAAAGUUUAUGUAACACCUCAAUCUUUCAAUGUUCACUGAUGUGGGUAAAGGCCAUUAUUUUCUUCUUUUGGACAAAGCACAUUUUCAAGGCUUUUCGACACAAAUAUUGAAAAUCAAUUUUACCAUAGCAAUACCAUUGUAGAUAUACAAUGACGUAAAAAAUAAUAAUAAAUACAUGUUGUCUCAAAGAACACUAAAGUUGAAAGAAAAUACCUUUGACACCUUUUCUGGAAUAAUCUUUACGUGUUGUUUGCUAUUUCUGUGUUUGGUUUUUUUCUAAGCCAUCUUAUCACGCUACAUACCUUUGUCUUUGUUUAAAAUGAUAGUU